UAUGAGGGGGGUUUGAUUAGAGUACGAUACAACAGCUUGCUAUAACCCGCUGCUGCUGCACAGCAACACACUAAAAUGGAAGUGUUUCAUCUUCUUUGGAGUUUGUGUUCAAAGGCGCUUUUAAUCGCACUUUUUCUUCUUGUUGUCGCGCUCCUCGUUUAUUGCCUGUAUAUUAAAUACAUUCACCUGAAAUAUGACCACAUACCUGGACCAGCGAGAGACAGUUUUUUCAUGGGUCACUCUGCGACGUUAAAGAGGAUUACUGAAAGUGACGGAAUCGUGCACGACAAGUUAUUGGAAUGGUCGGAGACUUACGGCUCUGCUUACAGGUUAAAUAUUCUGCACUAUGUUUUGGUGUUAGUGACCUGUCCAGAGGCAACUAAGGAAAUCCUGAUGUCCCCAAAGUACCCCAAGGGCAAGUUCAUCUACGGGAGACUCUAUGACCUGUUUGGUCAAAGGUUUUUGGGCACUGGCCUAGUAACGGCACAGAAUCAUGAGGUGUGGUAUAAACAGCGCCGGAUCAUGGACCCUGCCUUUAACAGCUUGUAUUUGAAAGGUCUGCUAGGCACCUUCAAUGAUAGGGUAGAUCAACUGAUGGAGAUGCUUGCAGCUGAUGCUGAUAAUGAUAUGGAAGUCAACAUGCUGCACUAUUUCAACUCUGUCACACUUGAUGUGAUUGCAAAGGUUGCUUUUGAUGUGGAUUUAGACCUUCUGAAGACAGAUUCACCUUUCGCUAAAGCAAUUGAUACUUGUCUUAAAGGGCUGGUGUACUGGACAAGAGACUUUUUCUUCGAGUUCAUUCCAAAGAACAGAGGGUUCAUAAGGGAAGUGAGGGAAGCAUGCCGUCUGCUGCGAACAACUGGAACUCAUUGGAUCCACAACAGAAGGACCGCUAUGCAGAACAGAGAAGACAUCCCAAAGGAUAUCCUCACACAGAUCAUCAAAACUGCUGCCACAGAAGAAACCAUGACUGCAGAAGAUGAGGAAUUUAUGUUGGAUAAUUUUGUGACAUUCUUCGUUGCUGGUCAAGAAACAACAGCUAAUCAGCUAGCUUUCUGCGUCAUGGAACUUGGACGACAUCCUGAAAUUCUGGAGAAAGUGAGGAACGAAGUGGAUGAUGUGAUUGGGAUGAAGCAAGACGUUAGCGAUGAUGACCUCGGGAAACUGACCUACCUCUCACAGGUGCUAAAAGAGACACUGAGACUCUACUCAACUGCUCCAGGAACAUCUCGUCUGAUCGUCGAAGACAUGGUGAUUGAUGGUGUCCAAAUCCCCGAGGGAACUUACUGUAUGAUUAACUCCUAUGUAACUGGGAGAAUGGACAAAUUCUUCAAAGACCCACUGAAAUUUGAUCCAGACCGAUUUCACCCAGAUGCUCCCAAGCCUUAUUACUGCUAUUUCCCUUUUUCUCUUGGUCCACGCUCAUGCCUAGGGAAGAACUUUGCUGAGAUGGAGGCUAAAGUUGUGAUGGCAAAGCUGCUUCAGAGGUUUGAGUUUACCCUCAUCCCAGGACAGACCUUUGAUGUCCAGGACACUGGUACACUGAGUCCCAAGAGUGGAGUGGUUUGCACCAUCAAACACAGGAAGUAAAAAUAAACAAGUGGUGUUAAAAUUACAAGUGAAGUCUCGCUUUGUGUGUAUUCCUGCUUCAGCCAGAAUCUACUUAAACAUACUUAGAUUUUUUUAUUCAUUUGCUGAUUUUGUUUUGUUUGUUGUAAAUUUACUUGAUAAAUGUAUUCAGGGCAUAUUCUUUCAAAGGUUGUUUUGUUGUUGUGCAUUCAGUCUCAAGUAGGUAUCGCUACAGGCAAAUUCGGAAGGUGUAUCUGGGCGGCCACAUCUGA